UGUCUAAUUAUAAUUUAGGGAGAUUCAUUUGUAUGAUAUUAGUUCAUAUGUGAGAAAGUAGUUUUUAUGUAUUUUAUGUGUUUAUUUUAUGGGCUCUUUACAUAGAACUCUACAAAGGCAGUAAUAAUAAUUAUUGUGUCUCAAUAGGAUUUAUAUUGAUAUUCUACAUUUAAUUUAUACCAGUAGUGUGCAAAAAGUCAGCAGACUGUACUGCAAAAUACUAAAGUAAUUGAAAAUUUUGAAACAUACCACCAAGGAGCCAAUAUAUGAACUAAAUAGAAUGAUGUUGAAUAUUUCCUUGCACUGGCAGUGAUUAUAAAGAGGCUUUAAAUUUAGAGUUUUGUUGAGCGAAUAUGAUAGUUAUUCUAAAGGACUAAAGGAUUUAUAGGGCAUUGACCAGGAAUAAGAGUUUGACCUUUUUCUAUUUCUUUUGUAGAUAAUGAAAUGGUUUCCAGUUUGGCAUUGCAGAUGUCACUUUAUUUUAAUGCUUACUUUUUCCCACUUUGGUGGGUGAGCUGCAUUAUGAUGCUUCAAAUGAAAUAUCCAAUUUUGCCUGAUUACUACAAAUUCAUUGUGGUGACUGUUAUCAUCCUAAUAACCUUAAUUGAAGCUAUCAGGCUGUAUCUGGGCUACAUGGGUAACCUACAGGAAAAGGUUCCUGAGCUAGCUGGCUUUUGGCUUUUGAGUCUUCUACUGCAGUUGCCUUUAAUUCUUUUCUUGCUCUUUAAUGAAGGACUACUGAACCUGCCCUUGGAAAAAGCGAUACACAUCGUCUUCACCAUGUUCCUUACUUUCCAAGCUGUUUCAGCAUUUCUUACCUUGAAGAAAAUGGUAAAUCAGUUGGCAACUCGUUUCCACCUGCAAGACUUUGAUCGGCUCUCUGCAGAUAGAGCAGGCAUGAGGACCAUGAGGUCCUGUAUAGAAGAGAUUUGACCCAGUGCUGUUUAUUGAGAAUCUGAAAGGUCAUUCUAGAAGACUGCAAGUUAGGAAAACAUCAGAGAUCUAGCGUGAGAAAGAGAACAAAGGAAGUGUUUGAAACUGUACACUCUCUGGCUCUGAAAUCCCAAGGUGAGGGCAGUGACGGACUGCACAGCGCAUGAAAGCAGUAAGUCAACCCUGAAGCCUGAUGCCAAAUAUCUUAAUUUUUUCGUGGUUGUUAACUUUCUCAGGUGUGCAGAAUUUCAUGUUGGUGGUCACAGUUUACCAGCUUUACUGUAACAUUUCUAGUUAGAAAUGUGUCUGUUUCUUUUAAACUUGUCAGCUAUCCAUCUCUUGGCAGUACACCUGAAGCACAUGGAAAUGCUUGUCAAUAUUCUGGUGUGUUAGACUACAUUUGUAAACCAAGACACCAAAUUUUCAUGGCUGCUAGGGUUAAAUUAUAACCCUAGUUUCAGCUGUUAUCCUGAGGGUAAGAAGAAAACAAGUGGAUUAUCAUGGUAUUUGGGAAGUAUUUUUAUAAUAAAAUUGUAAUUUUCAUAAAACCAUGUUCAGUAUUUAUGGUGGUGCUGGUGUGCAAAAUGUCUUUAUAAUAAAUUAUAAAAUAUUUAUGGUAAAGUAUUUAUAACAAGUCAUGCUUAUCUUGUACAUUUUUUUGGGGGGGGGAGGGCCAUGGGCUUAUUUUUAUUAGAGAGUUGCAAGUGACAGAAGGAAAAAAAAUAUGUAGCAGAGAGCCUUUUAUGUAGUGGGCACUGUACUAAGCUCAUUAAUCCUUGCGAUUUCAUCUAUUAUAUCAUUAUUCACUGAAGAACUGCUUCAUACCCAGUAAAUUCAUAUGAGGCUUGAUUUGAAAACCAGAGUGCCUAUUAAUCCAUAGUGAGAGCUAAGGUGACCAAAGAGACUAUACUCAUGAUCUUAAAUAAGCAUGUUCCCUUGCUAAUAGGAAAACCUAUUUAAGAAAAUUCUGGUAAGAGCAAAAUUGCUUGGGUGUAUCUGAAUAUUAUUUUUAAGUGAUUAUAAGAUUAUCUUAAGGGAUAUACAGUAGUCCCCCCUUAUCUGCAGUAGUCCCCCCUUAUCUGCAAGCCCUAGUGGAUGCCUGAACCCUCAGAUAGGACUGAGCACUAUGUAUACAAUGUUUUUUUAUAUACAUAUACAUACCUAUGGUAAAGUUUAAUUUAUAAAUUAGGCACAGUAAGAGAUUAGCAACAAUAACAUAGAAUAGAACAACUGUAACAAUAAACUGUAAUAAAAGUUACUUGAAUAUGGUUUCUCUCAAAACAUGGUACUGUACUAUAUGCAUCUUUUCACUUAAAGAAAGCACUUCAUGGCUUCUCUUUGGCGUAUCUUAAUUGUCAGCAUCACUACUCUUGCACUCUGGGGCCAUUCUUAAGUAAAAUAAGGGUUACGUAAACCC